UUCCCAGACGAGCCCAGAGAGGAGGCAGAGGAAGGAGAAACAUGUCUGAACUCCAGAAUAUCAACUGGCAGACAGCCUCCAACCGGCAGGCACAUCACACAAACAAGUUCUACAGCCGGGAUCUUAUCGUGCGGAGAGGCCAACCCUUCUAUAUCUCAUUGAAAUCCAACCAGAAUCUUGGCUCUAGAGCAAGUCUGACAUUCAUAGCCUCCACAGGGCCUUACCCCUCAGAGUCGGCCAAGACAAAGGCUGUGUUUCCACUCUCCAGUGGGACAAGAAGCAGUGGCUGGGGUGCACAACUUGUAUCCAACGAGAACAACGUUCUGAACAUCUCCAUCCUCAGUCCUGCCAAUGCACCCAUUGGAAGGUACACGCUGGGCAUUCAGAUCUCCGCCCAGGGCAGUGCCUCUACUCAGAACCUUGGGACAUUCAUACUGCUCUUCAAUCCUUGGUUGCAAGCCGAUGCUGUCUUUAUGAAUAACCAGGCUGAGAGAGAGGAGUAUGUCCAGGAAGACGCCGGGAUCAUCUUUGUGGGAAGCGCAAACCGAAUUGGCAUGAUUGGCUGGAACUUUGGACAGUUUGAAGAAGGCAUCCUGAACAUUUGCCUCGCAGUCCUGGAUAAUAGUCUGAAUUUCCGCCGUGACCCUGCUACUGAUGUGGCCCGCAGAAGCGACCCCAAAUAUGUCGGCCGGGUGCUGAGUGCAAUGAUCAAUGGCAAUGAUGACAAUGGUGUGAUCUCUGGGAACUGGAGCGGUAGCUACCCGGGCGGCCGAGACCCGAGGAACUGGAACGGCAGCGUGGAGAUCCUCAAGGAGUGGCAAAGGUCUGGCUUCAGGCCAGUCCGCUAUGGCCAGUGCUGGGUCUUCGCUGGGACGCUUAACACAGUGCUGCGGUCUUUCGGAAUUCCCUCCCGAGUGAUCACCAAUUUCAACUCAGCUCACGACACAGACGGAAACCUCAGCGUGGAUGUGUACUACGACCCCAUGGGAAGGCCCAUGGACAAAGGCAGUGACAGCGUAUGGAAUUUCCACGUCUGGAAUGAAGCUUGGUUUGUGCGGACUGACCUGGGACCUUCGUACAAUGGAUGGCAGGUUCUGGACGCCACCCCCCAGGAGAGGAGCCAAGGGGUGUUCCAGUGUGGUCCGGCUUCGGUUAUUGCUCUCCGAGAGGGUAACGUGGACUGGGACUUCGACAUGCCCUUCAUCUUUGCGGAGGUCAACGCCGACCGCAUCACUUGGAUCUACAAUGCCUCGAACGGCACCAUGAAGAAGAAUUCCUCGGACUCUCACACCAUUGGCAGGUACAUCAGCACCAAGGCAGUGGGCAGCAACUCUCGCAUGGAUGUCACCGAAAAGUACAAGUAUCCAGAAGGUUCCAGCCAGGAAAGACGAGUAUUUGAAAAGGCUCUGGGGAAAAUGAAACCCAGUGCAUCAUUUGGUCCAACGUCUGUUUCAAUGUCUGCACGAAGCGAGAGAAGAGAGGACCGGGAGCCCAGCAUCUCUGGGAAGUUCAAGGUCACUGGCAUACUGGAGGUGGGCAAAGAAGUCAGCCUGGCCCUGAUACUCAAAAACCUAACAAGUGAUAAGAAGACGGUGAUGGUGAACAUGACAGCCUGGACCAUCGUCUACAAUGGCACACUGGUGCACGAGGUGUGGAAGGAUUCCAUCACUAUAUCCCUGGAUCCCAAGGAAGAAAUACAACAUCCCGUGAAGAUCUCCUAUGCUCAGUACGAGAAGCACCUAAAGGCGGACAACAUGAUCCGGACCACAGCCGUGUGCCAGGUCACCAACGAGGCCGAGGUGGUAGUGGAGAGAGUUGUCAUUCUGGACAACCCCACUUUGACCCUGGAGGUGCUGGACCAGGCCCAGGUGCAGAAGCCCGUGAACGUGCAGAUGCUCUUCUCCAACCCUCUGGACGAGCCAGUGAAGGACUGCGUGCUGAUGGUGGAGGGGAGCGGCCUGCUGCUGGGCAGCCUCAAGAUCGACGUGCCAGGCCUGCGCCCCAAGGAGCGGUCCCGUGUGCGUUUUGAGAUCCUGCCCACCCGGAGUGGCACCAAGCAGCUCCUCGCAGACUUCUCCUGCAACAAGUUCCCUGCGAUCAAGGCCAUGCUGUCCAUCGACGUGGCCAAGUGAAGGGCCCAGGUGGCCCCCAUACAAACUUGGGAACAUGGAGCAGGCAGGGCUUGCCUGUGGAGUGAGCCCCUGCUCAUGCUGUCCAGCCUAGAAACCCACUCCAUCCCCCAAGGCAACCUGGACUCCGACCUCCGGCCUCCAGCACACCCCCUCCCUCGCUCCCAGGCUGGGCUGGCUCCACCCUGGCCCCUGACUUGAUCACUUUUGCACAUUCCCCAAGCUUCUCCCCAAGGCUGCCUGCUCUGUGAGCCUCACGGUCCCGCUCAGCCCUCACAGCCUCAAUGCUGCGGCAUGGUGUGACACCUGCCCCAGCAACUCUCCAAAUGGAUACAGCGUGGGGGGUGGGGGGAGAGAAGAUGGUCUGGACUAAUUGCUGAUUCCCCAGCCUGCUCUGCCCCCGGGGCCGGUUAACCAUCCGUGACACUCACAUCCACACCCUCAAAAUAAAUGU